ACACAAAUGGAUCCGGGAAGGGAAGUUCUGAACCAUAUCUGAGCUCCUAAAUAAAUACCCCAACAGAGUGAUUACCAGACCAGAUUCUCAAAUCAGAACCAUCAUAUUAGUAGAGAAGUGCAGAGACGACCAUUAAGGACCAUUUCAUAACUGUACAUCACUGACAAUGGGUAUCUUCAACAAAGUAUCAUUGCAAUGUUUGGCUUCCCUUGUUCUUAUUUCUUCAGUGUUAAACUUAUGGAGAGGCACUGAAGGCUGGUCCUACCAGUCCUCAACGGACACUAUGAACUGGGAAUCUGCCAGACACUGGUGCAGGCAGCAUUACACAGACAUGGUAGCCAUCCAGAACAAAGAAGAGAUUUCUUACCUCAACAGUAUCCUUCCAAAAGUCAGUGGAUAUUACUGGAUUGGCAUUCGUAAAAUUAAUGGCAGUUGGACCUGGGUUGGAACUAAUAAGACACUUACCAAGGAAGCUGAGAACUGGGCAGAUAAAGAGCCCAAUAAUGGAAUGAAUAAUGAAGACUGUGUGGAAAUAUACAUUAAAAGAGAGAAAGAUGAAGGCAAAUGGAAUGAUGAAUCCUGCUUGAAGAAGAAAACUGCACUCUGCUACACAGCAUCCUGCAAAGACGACUCCUGUGUCAAUGGUCAAGGAGAGUGUGUCGAAACCAUAAACAGCCAUAAAUGCUCAUGCUUUGAGGGUUUCUAUGGAGAGCGAUGUGAACAUGUUGUAAAAUGCAAACCAGAGGACGUCGCCCCACCAGAUCAUGCUAGCAUGCUAUGCUCUCAUCCUUAUGGAAAUUUCUCAUAUGACUCUCAGUGUGAAUAUUCCUGUGUUGAGGGUUAUGAACUAAAGGACUCCAGUAUGACAAGAUGCACUUCUACCACAGAGUGGUCAAACAAACCACCAAUCUGUGAACUUGUUCAAUGUCCAGAGCUGAUAGAACCACAGGAUGGCAAAAUGCACUGCCAAAAUCCUAUUGACCAGUUCAGCUACCAAUCCACCUGUGAGUUUAUGUGUGAAGAAGGAUACACGCUGCGAGACUCCAACUCCUCUUCACUGUUCUGUGGGGCAACGGGACGCUGGAAUGAUACACAACCCACUUGUGAAAUAAUAAAAUGCAAAGCAGAGGAUAUCACCUCACCAGAUCAUGCUAGUGUAAACUGCUCUCAUCAUUAUGGGAAUUACUCAUAUGACUCUCAGUGUGAAUACUCCUGUGAAGAAGGUUAUGAACUAAAGGGUUCUAGUGCGACAAGAUGCACUUCUACCACAGAGUGGUCAAGCAAACCACCAACCUGUGAAUUUGUUCACUGCCCAGCUCUUGACAGUAUUGUCAGUGGAGAGCUGAGCUGCACUUCUAGCUUUAAAUAUGGGAGCAAAUGCAGCUUCAGUUGUGCUGAAGGAUUCCACCUCCAGGGAGCUUCAGAAAUCAGCUGUACAAAAGAAGCAAAGUGGAGUCAGGAACCACCUCGCUGUGAAGCAGUGCUCUGCCCACAACUUUCUAAACCAAUCAACGGGCAUAUUAACUGCUCAUCUAAGGAACCCACCUUUGGCACCUUCUGCAUCUUCAGCUGUUAUGAAGGCCACCAACUUGAAGACCACAGUAACGAGACAGUGAUGUGCAACUACAAUGGGAGCUGGUCAGGGGAAGUAGCGGUGUGUCAAGCUCAUCCGGAUCCCUCUGAAUCGGUCCUCAAAGCAACAGUAGUGACUCUUGGUGUUUCAGGCGCUAUCAGCAUCUCUGGUCUGGGCUUAGUCCUCUGGAUACUGAAGAGACUGAGGAGGAAAGCUGACAAUUUUGAUCUGAACAGUACCUUGGAUAUUGAGGAUCCACCAGAGAUUUAUAAGAACAGUGUUGACAGUCUCAUAUAGAGCAAAAUAGCAUCAAAUAACAUACAGUAUAUACGGUGAGCACACUGUAUAUUCCUUAGGCCAGUAUGAGUAAUGAUAGCGAUGUAACUUAUUCCAGUGACGAUUUAUUGAAGCACUCAGUUCAUUUCACAGGACAUACAACUGCCUCACUGGACAUAAAAAAUGUAUGUCAUCACAAAUGAUUUAAGACACUUGUUUAUACUAUCCUGUCUGAUGGGCAUUAUCUGUUACUAGGCAACAGUCCUAGCUGAAUGUGAUUUUUACUUCCCAACGGAAGCUUUUAUGAUUUGCUUGACUGAACAUAUUGUUCUGUACUGUACAAAUGAACUUGUUUUUAUGCUAUUAUUAUACACAUCUUUUUGUACUAUUUAUUGUUCUGAAACCGUAUUGGUCCUAUUAAACUAUUUUUACGUA